CUGUUGCGUGUGAAAGUCGGGGCGGAAAGAGUCUGACUCAGCCAAAAAUAAAAAUUUUCUACUUUUUUUUUCAUUCCAUUAUGAGAGUCUGAAAAAUGAAACGUAAGAGCUCAACAUCUUAUUUAACAGAGGGGAAAAUGUUGAUGUGAAGCGCCCCUUCUAAAUUUUACGAUUAAUAUUUUCCCAAAUUUGUUGGAUUACGUUUUUCUUACAGCUUUACGAUACAGGUGCUAAGGGUAGUAUUUCGCCAUAUUGGAUAUAGCUAGUUUCCAGUCACAAAAUGGAUUUUGAACCAAUACUUAACAAAGAAAAUAUUAAUCAAAAUUUAAGAAACAUGGAAUUUCCUUGGCCGAGUCUCGUUGUAUCCCGAGGAAAUGAAAUUGAAAAGGAUCUUCGAACGGGAAAAAAGUAUCCUUUCAAAGAAGUUAUACAUGCGCACGCUGGCGAUCCUCAAGGAAUGGGUCAAAAACCAAUCACAUUUUUCCAACAGAUCGUCUCUUUAUGCGUUAAUCCAGAUCUUCUACAAAGUGAUUUUUUUCCUUCGGAUGUAAAACAAAGGGCGAUUACUAUAUUGGAAAAUUGUAGGGGAAAGAGUAUAGGAUCUUAUAGUGAUUGUUGUGGAAUGAAAAUAGUUCGACAACAAGUUGCAAGGUUUAUUCAGCAAAGAGACGGCAUUCCAGCUUCUUACGAAGACAUUUUCCUUUCCAGUGGCGCAACAGACGCUUUAAGGAUUGUCCUAUAUUUAUUUUGCAACAGCUCUGAGGACAAGCCACCUGGAGUAAUGGUUCCAAUACCCCAGUAUCCACUCUUUUCAUCUACAGUAACUGAAUAUGGAAUGUAUCAAAUAAGUUAUUAUCUAAACGAAGAAAAACAAUGGGCUCUGGAUGUCAGCGAGCUGCAAAGGGCUAUUAAUGAAUCUAAACCAUAUUGUGAUCCAAAAGUGUUGGUGAUCAUAAAUCCUGGAAAUCCUGGUGGAUUCGUUAUGUCACGGACUGAUAUAGAAAGCAUUAUAAAGUUUGCCUAUGAAGAAAAUCUUUUCAUUAUGGCAGAUGAAGUUUAUCAAUACAACGUAUAUGAUCCGGAAGUGAAAUUUUAUUCUUUCAAAAAGAUUAUGACUGAAAUGGGGCCGCCAUACAAUUUAAUGGAACUGUCAUCUUUCAUGUCUGCUUCCAAAGGAUAUAUGGGAGAAUGCGGCGCUCGGAGUGGCUAUUGCGAAAUAGUAAAUCUGGACGAUGAAAUCAAAGACUUAUUGAUCAGACUUAUUUCAGCCAGAAUGUGCCCGCCUUUACUAGGACAGAUUAUAAUGUACUGUAUUACAAAUCCACCGCAAUGCAAUGAGCCUUCAUAUGAACAGUUUGAAAAGGAGAAAAAUAGCAUUAUCCAGUCCUUGAAAGAAAGAGCUGAGUACUGCUAUAAAAAAUUCAACAGUGUUGAAGGACUUUCUUGCAACAAAGUGGUUGGGGCUAUGUAUGUGUAUCCUCGAAUUCAUCUCUCACAACAAGCUAUUCAGAAAGCUUUCGAGCAAAAUCUUAGACCUGAUGAGUUUUAUGCUAUGGAGAUGCUUUUGGACUGCGGUGUGUGCAUUAUUCCAGGUUGCUUAUUUGGACAAAAGCCACAAACCUACCAUUUCAGGCUGACUUUCUUGCCUCAGAUGGACAAACUGAAAAUAAUCGUCGAAAAAAUUCUCAAAUUUCAUGUAAAAUUCAUGGAUGAAUAUCGAGAUUAAUAACGGAUGACUUAGUGAUUCUCUCUCCCCCCCCCCAAGAUCCUCUAAAGUUCAGGUUAAAAUUAAUAGUUUUUUACGCAUUUCAAGAAGAGCUAUUGUAUA